AUGGUGGAUCAACAAACUCUAAUCUAAGUAUUUUAAGGAUUUUUUUCUAAUGAUCAACAAAUGAUUAAUUAAGGAUAGCAAUUCAUUCAACAAAAUUGCUUGAAUCCAAACUACUGUGUAUCUUUAAUGAUUCUUGCUGACAGUAACAGUCAACAAGAUAGUAACAUUCGUCUUUCAGCUAUUGCUAAUUUAAAGAAUACUGUAGAAAACUUCUGGCUUCCUAACAAAAACUACAACAAUAAUUAACUUUUAGAAUAAGAAAAGGCAACACUUAGACAAAGUAUUUUAGAUGCUUUAAUUAGAUCUAUUAGUGAUCAAUAAAUCUGUAAAGUUUACAAAAAGAUUUUAAGCAUAAUCAUUAACUAUGACUAUCCUGCUGUUUGGCCAGAUUUGUUGGAAACAGUAAUCAAUAGACUUGCUCCUUCCCAAAACAUGGAAGAAAUUUAGGGCUGUCUAUUUGCUCUCGAAAAAUUAUAUUAAAAAUAUGAAUUUGAAAUUGAUAAUCGUGCAAUCAUGGAUCACAUCAUUAAUAAGUCUAUAGUUAUUUUGUAAAACCUUGCAGGCUAAAUGAUUUAAAAUUACAGCGAAUAAAUUGCUCCUCUGUUGAAAAGCAUUCUUAAAAUCUAUUUCAUGGCCAUCGAUAUGCAAUUCCCCAUCAUUUUGGCUGAAUAAAGCACAUUCUAAAACUGGAUGGUCAUCUUCAAAAUAUUAAUUGGAUUCAACAUCCCUUAAAGCAUCAACUAAUCCUAAAACCCUGACAAAAACAUUUACUGGAAAAACAGAAAGUGGUGCUUUAAAAUCCUUAUCAAAAUUUUCCAUAAAUACUGCUUCAAGAAUCCAUAAGACAGAGUCAUCCAACAAAUUUCUUGCCUUUUCUUGUAAAAGUAUGCAGUCCCAUUCUUUGAAUCUGUGCUCGAAAUUCUCUUUAAUGAAUAUUACAAAGGCUAAUACGUUUCAGAUAUUGUCAUUAAUAACUGCAUUCUUUUCAUCUACUACUCCCUUGGCCAUGAUGAAACCUUCAAUGCUCUCCAUCCUGUGCUUGAAAAGAUUGUUUUAGAUAUUUGCAUUCCUUUGCUUUCAACUACUCCAGAAGAUUUUAACUUGUACAAUCAAGAUCCUGAAGAUUACAUUCGCAAGGAUGAAGAUAACUCUAUUUUAGUGAAUAAGAAUACUUCAAUCAUGUUGAUCAAGGAAGCUUGCAAGAUUACAAAUCCUAAUAAUGAAUCUUACUUGGAAUAUGUUUUAUCUUUGAUUGUGAAUUGUCUUGACAAGGGAGUGAAUCCUCGUAACAAUUAAAAUGUUACAAUUGCACAGAAAGAGGGUCUUUUCUAACUUAUGGGAGUAAUUAGAGAACAAGUCUAUGAAGAGAAGAAUCUUACUGAUCAAUUAGAAAAUAUCAUUUAAAGCUACAUCGUUAAGGAACUUAAUUCUGAGGCUAACAUCCUUAAGGCUCGUACUUGCUGGUUGCUUGGUAAAUAUGGAGGCCUUGACUUCAAAAAUCCUUAAAACUUAUCCACCAUCAUAGCUGGUAUUUGCUAAAGAAUGAUUGACGGUGAUUUGGUUGUACGUGUAAAGGCUUCUAUUGCUCUCUAGUACUACAUUGACUAAGAGGGUGUUAAAGACUUAGUCCGUCCAGGUUUGUCUGAUAUGCUUUCAAUUUAUAUCAAGUUAAUGCAAUAAAUAGAUAAUGAAAAUUUAGUUUGCGCUUUAGAAUGCAUCGUAGAAAACUUCACUAAUGAAAUUACUCCUUUCGCUUAUGAUUUAGCUAAUCAUUUAUCCAUAGCUUUUUAUAGAUACAAAGAAAAGGAUUUAGAUGAAGAUCAAGCAGGUGAAGACGGUGAACUCCCAGCUGCAGGUUGUCUUCAAGCUAUCAACUAAAUUUUAGAGUCACCUUUAGAAGUUGGAAUUUAUUCAAAAAUGGAAAACGAUUUCUUACUUAAACUCAUUAUUGAUUGCCUCACUGACAAAGAUUUCCAUUACUUAGAAGAAGGAUUCAGUUUACUCAACACUCUUCUUUUCAAGUCUCCUUGCAUUUCUAAUAAUCUUUGGAUUUUCUAUCCCUUUAUUUGUUACGCAAUUUUGGGAUUCCCUCCUCAACUUAACAUCAACUCUCUUUCUUCAAAUGAUCACAUCUAACUUUUCUCUAUCCUCACCUAAAACACAAGUUACUCCAGAAAGUAAUGGGUUGAAGCUUUGGAUAGUAUGAUUGGACCUAUGAAGAACUAUUUCUAAAAGGGAAGAGAUGUAAUUUUAACUCAAAGCGAUCCUUUCAACCAAAGCUUAAUCUAAUUGCUAUUUGAAAUGGUUAAGAUAACUUACUCUAACUCUAGUGAGUUUAACGAAGUUGAUUAAAUGUUGGCUACAAGCUUACUUAUUGGCUUUGUUGAAAACAUGUAAGAAAAUACAAUUGACUAACUUCUUCCUGAAAUUGUAUCUUAAUCUAUCUAAAGAAUGGGUAAUACCUAGUGCAAACCUCUUAAAGUUGUUAACAUUGAAGUUGUUGCAUUGUGUAUCUACUAUAAUCCUUUACUCACUCUAUAAAUAUUGGAAAGCAAUGGAUGGACUAGUGGUUUCUUUAGAGAAUACUUUGAUUUACUUAACUACUUUAAAGCUGACUAUGAUAAGCAAAGAAUGCUCGUAGGUAUAAGUUCUGUUUUCAAGUUAAACGAGAAUCAAUUACCUUCUACAAUCCUCCAAUCUAUGCAAGGACUUAUGCAAUAUCUUGUCAAGCUCUGCAUGGAAAUAGUGGAGCUCAGAGAGAAAGGUGAAAAGGAAGAUAACGAAGAACAAGCUGAAGUUGAAGUUCAAUAAUUCCAUCAACAAUUACAAUAAAUGUAAUAUAAUCCUAAUGAUAAUGCUAACGAUGAUGAUGAUGAAAAUGAUGAGGAUUAUGAAGAAAAUGUUGAAUUCAAAAGUAAAGUUAUUCUCAGUUACACAAGUCCUCUUGAAUUAUUUGAUGAAAUCCUUUACUUCGAAGGAGUUAUGGCCAGCUGUAUGGAAAGAGACAACAAUCUCUACCAAAAACUAAUUGGAUGUCUCAGUCCUCAAGAAACAAAUCAACUCCAAAAUUGUGUUAAUUACGUUAAAUCAUAGUUAUAGCAAUAGUCUUGA